CUUGACACUUGACCUUGAGUUGACAUUUUUACAAUUUAUUUUUAAAUUGUUUUCAUUUUUUGAUGAAAGUUUACGAAUUAUCUAUUUGAGAAGAGCAACUUUGCAACCAAUUUGAUAUGAAUUAUUUAAACAGCUUGACUAGGAAAAAUAAUGUAUUAUCAUCAAGCACUGGUUUGAUGAACUUUCCGAGAUUCGACCACAAUGAUCAUAGCAGACUGGAAAACAUGCAUAAAGUGAACAAUUUAGAGAGAAGAUUUCUUGUGUGGACAGGAAAAUUCAAGAGUUAUGGUGAAGUACCUGACUUUGUCAGCCAAGUCAUUAUGGAAAAAUCAAGGAAUCGCAUGAGAAUAAAAGUAGCAAACUAUAUGAUAUUGGCCACAAUAGCUGGGUGUGUUGUCAUGGUGUACAAAGGCAAACAAGAUGCCAAAAGAGGAGAAUCAGUUGCAAAGCAGAAUAAAGAAUGGCAUGCCCAAAUCAAGGCUGACAGUGAGGCCAAAACCAAAGAGACAUCUUAGUUGUUAUUCAUUAUACCUAUCCAACACUAUAGUCAGACAAAUUGCUGCAUGUGUGAGUAACUAUGAAUGAUUCCUCAGUUUUUCCUUUGUUAACCAGGAUAAUGGAAUUAUGAUUACUCAUAUUUCAUGAGUUAGUAGGUUAUUAUUUAUAAUUGUUUAUAUAUGUUCACCCAUAUGAUAUUUAAGGAUAUAUAUUUAUUAAAAAUAAUAAUGCUGUGAAAUAAAUGAUUUCUCUAUUACCAAUAUUAGCAGUCAUAAAUACCCAGUACCUUC